AUGGAUAUUAAAAUAAUAACUUAAAGUGAUACAUUCAUAAUCUAUAAGGAGAUCUAAACGUUAUUCGACUUAAAGAAAGAAAUCAAAAGAAUAAGAAUAUAAACAAGAGAUAUCAUCAUUUAGUACCAAAGCUAUUUUUACUUAAGCUUAGCUUUUAUGAUAAUGAUUCUGAUAAAGUUGUGAUAACAUAAGAUGAGGAUAUUUAAUAUGCAUACCAGUAGAGUAAGGUUUUAAAUAAACGGACUAUCAAAUUUUAUGUUUAUUACAAACUCAGUUAGCCUAAAUUUCAUCAACUAGAAACCUAGAUUAAAUAAAAUGAUUGGAUAAAUUAAUCCUUCUAGAAAUAGAGAAGCUAAUCAAUAGUCUAUUAGAAUCUAAUUAAUAAUAAUUCACCUUUUUAUAGCAGUAACUCUAUAAUAUUAAUACCAAAACUUACAAGAGAAGAAAAGAUGAAAUUUGCAAUCGAUUCUUUCAUUGAUUAAAUUUUAAAAGAUGAAUAUCAUAUAUGA